GAAAAGAAAAUGGAGAAGAUGAAUAAGAAAUUCUUGUCUGGUGUUGCCGAGGAAUCGUCGUCAUCCAUCACCACAACGAUGCUCGUCUUCUUCACCUUCCAUUUCAUUUCUUUUAUUUUCUUUUCGAAUGGCUCCAAUUCCACCCACCUUCGAAUCCCCAAUCAUCCAAUUUCACCCCUCUCAUUAAUGCACUGCACUGCAUCAUCCCCCAAUUUCUGCGCACUAAACCCUACUCCUUUCGCGCGCACCGUAAUUCAUUUACUUUCUCCCUGCCGAUCGCAAAUUUUCUGCAUAAAUGAUCGUCUCGAGCUUCAGUUCUUCUUCUCCCCCGUCCACAGCAAUCGACUUAAGAUUGGGACACCGUUAUCGGAGAAGAAUACCCCAUUUUGACGGUUCGAUUACUCUAAAUUUUAGGAAUCAACACGGCCGUGUCUCGACUGAAUUUGGGGUUAGAAGGGCAAAUCGCCGAAAAGGAAGCAGUAUUUUCGCGAAAUCGGCACUUGAUGUCGAUGAAUUAGUGGAAACUGAGGGUAGCCCCAAAGCAGGCGGUAGGGACAACAAUUCCUUUUAUGACGCCAUUGUUAUCGGCUCCGGGAUUGGAGGAUUGGUGGCGGCGACGCAGCUGGCGGUUAAAGGCGCCAAGGUUUUGGUACUGGAAAAGUAUGUGAUUCCUGGGGGAAGCUCUGGGUUUUACCAAAGGGAUGGGUUCACAUUCGAUGUUGGAUCAUCAGUAAUGUUUGGUUUCAGUGACAAGGGAAACUUGAAUUUGAUCACACAAGCAUUGGCAGCCGUAGGAUGUAGAAUGCAGGUGAUACCAGAUCCAACGACAGUUCACUUUCAUCUACCAAACAGCCUAUCCGUGCGAGUGCAUAAAGAAUACGAUGAUUUUGUUGCAGAGCUUGUUGGUAGGUUUCCUCAUGAAAAGGAUGGAAUCCUAAAAUUUUACGGCGAAUGCUGGAAGAUCUUCAAUGCAUUGAACUCGCUGGAAUUGAAAUCUUUGGAGGAACCCAUCUACUUGUUUGGCCAGUUUUUUAAGAAGCCUAUUGAAUGCUUGACUUUAGCCUAUUAUUUGCCGCAGAAUGCUGGAAACAUUGCUCGGAGGUAUAUUAAGGAUCCGGAGUUACUAUCCUUCAUUGAUGCUGAGUGUUUUAUAGUGAGCACGGUUAAUGCGAUGCAGACGCCUAUGAUCAAUGCAAGCAUGGUUUUAUGUGACCGACAUUUUGGAGGAAUCAACUACCCUGUGGGUGGGGUUGGCGAAAUUGCAAAGUCACUGGCAAAGGGCUUGAUGAAUCAUGGUGGCGACAUACUAUACAGGGCGAAUGCCAAAAACAUUAUUAUGGAAAAUGGAAAGGCUGUGGGAGUUCACCUGUCGGACGGAAGAAAAUUUUAUGCUAAAACUAUAAUCUCAAAUGCAACCAGAUGGGAUACCUUUGGAAAACUAUUGAAAAAGGAAGAACUACCUGAGGAAGAAAAGAGAUUUCAAAAGGCAUAUGUUAAAGCGCCGUCUUUUCUCUCUAUUCAUUUGGGGGUUAAAGCUGAAGUUUUGCCACCAGAUACGGAUUGCCACCAUUUUGUCCUCGAGAAUGAAUGGAAACAUCUGGAAGACCCUUACGGAAGUAUAUUCCUAAGUAUUCCAACAGUUCUCGAUCCAUCGUUAGCACCAGAAGGAAACCACAUUCUUCACAUUUUCACCACUUCUUCCAUUGAGGACUGGGAGGGGCUUUCGCGUAAAGAUUAUGAGGCAAAGAAGGAACUUGUUGCAGAAAAUAUAAUCGACAGGCUUGAGAAGAAAUUGUUCCCAGGCCUAAAGUCGUCCAUUGUUUUGAAGGAGGUGGGCUCUCCAAAGACGCAUAGGAGAUUCUUGGCUCGUGACAGCGGUACGUAUGGUCCAAUGCCUCGCGCAAUUCCAAAGGGAUUAUUAGCCAUGCCGUUCAACACAACUGCUAUAAAUGGUCUGUAUUGUGUGGGCGAUAGUUGCUUCCCGGGGCAAGGUGUCAUCGCUGUAGCCUUCUCGGGAGUUAUGUGUGCGCACCGAGUUGCAGCUGAUUUAGGAUUUGAGAAGAAAAACCCGUUACUCGAUACUGCUCUCCUUAACUUGCUUGGUUGGUUAAGGACAUUAGCAUGACAAGCUCGGCAUUAGAAUCUGGCGAAACUCGGUAGAAAAAGUGCUACACUCGGCAACCAUGGCAAUGCUGUUAGCAUGUUUUCUUGUUUUUUUUCCGAGGAAACGAGAUUAAGGUACUUUACAUGAAAAUUUCUUUCAGCAUUUAAACUAUUGUCAAUUUUCCCGUUCAACAUGUAGCUGCUUUUGACGGAUCUAUACAGUUUAUAUUAUAGCUCAUAAUAUUGUGACGAAUUGAGAAAGGAACAUCAGUCGAUUUUCCGUGGGAAGUUACAAUCACAACUUAUGCUGAUUUUACAAUUCA